AUGGCUUCAGUUUCUCACUAUUUCUUGCUAGUUCUGGUCUUUCUGGAUUCACAUGCAGCUCAGCUAUCCUGUCUGCCAGGAUGUACCUGCUCAGAGGAGAGUUUUGGCAGGACUCUGCAGUGCGUGUCUAUCACUUUGGGAAAGAUCCCGAGGAAACUUCCUGAAGAGUUCAAGCAAGUGAGAAUUGAAAAUUCACCCUUAUUUGAACUGCCCCGAGGGUCUUUCAUCAACAUGAGCACCUUGGAGUACCUUUGGCUCAAUUUUAACAAUGUCACUGUGAUCCAUCUAGGAGCCCUGGAGCACCUGUCAGAACUGAAAGAGCUGAGACUGGAGGGCAACAAACUCCGCUCAGUACCAUGGACGGAGUUCCGUGCCACCCCGCUCCUGCGGGUCUUGGACCUCAAACACAACAGGAUUGAUGCACUCCCUGAACUGGCUCUUCAGUUCUUGGUCAACCUGACCUACCUUGACCUAUCCUCCAACAGGCUUACAGUUGUAGCCAAGAGUGUCUUCUUGAACUGGCCAGCCUACCAGAAACACCGGCAGCCUGGCUGUGAGACCGAGAUUCUCUCCAGCAUGAUGCUGGCGCUGCACGACAACCCCUGGUUAUGUGACUGUCGCCUAAGGGGACUUGUCCAGUUUGUAAAGUCCAUCAGUCUUCCAGUAGUCCUGGUGAAUCCCUACCUCACGUGUCGAGGUCCUCUCUCCAAGGCAGGGCAGCUUUUUCACGAAACAGAGCUCAGUGCUUGCAUGAAGCCGCAGAUCUCAACCCCCAGUGCCAAUGUCAGCAUCCGGGUGGGACAGAAUGUGACCCUGCGAUGCUUGGUACAGGCUAGCCCCUCACCAACUAUUGCCUGGACUUAUCCCCUGAGCAAGUGGAGGGAAUUUGAUGCUGUUUUGCUGUCUCUCUACCCAGUGUUGACCUCGUCCACUGCAGAAGAUGCUGCUCUGUCGGAGCUGGUCAUACCUGCUGCCCACCUGGUAGACAGGGGCAGUUACACCUGUGUAGCCUCCAACUCCAUCGGCAGGAGCAGCUGUGUCAUCUCCCUCCACGUCCAGCCCGCCCAGGCCGCGCCCACACUCCAUUCUCUUUUCUCCACUUCGGAGGGCAAUGCCUACGUUGACCUGCGGGUGAUUAAGCAGACAGUGCGUGGGAUCGUGCUGGAAUGGUUUGUGGCGGCCGACACCCCUGAGAAGUGGUUCACCCUCUACAUUGGGUCGGAAGAAGCCCGCAGGAAGGAGGUCAUUCAUGUCGGCCCAGGAAUCAGCACAUACUUGGUGGAUGAUCUCCUCCCCGGCACAAAAUAUGAGGUCUGCCUUAGCCUGGGGCGCCAGCCCCCACGCCAGGGCCGGUGUGUGGUCUUUGUGACGGGCCGAGACCACGGCGGGCUGGAGGGACGGGAGCGCCUCCUGCACACCACGGUGAUCCUGUGUGCUGUGCUGCUCUCGGUGCCUGUGGGCGCCUAUGUCUGGGCAGUCCAGGCUCCCUGCAGCUGCAGGGAGUGGGGCCUGCGCUGCUGUCCUCAUCGCAGGAAAGCCCCCAGAUGCCCCCUGGCAGUCCCAGAGCACAGGGAUGUCUCCUACAGAGACCACACAGCUGUCUGUGAAGAUGGCCUGGGGCACAGAGGUGCUGAGGGGGAGGGGGACGAGGAGAGAGAUGAAGAGGGAGAUAGUGGCCCGGGAGGAAUGGUGUGGGCCUCCAGCCCCUAAAUUAAAUCUCUGUGGCAGCUCAACUUGGC